GUUUCCAGCAGGUUUCUCUGUUGUCUUCCUAUGAAGUUGUAAUCCCGCAGAGGUUAGGAAGAGAACGGCGAGAGGCUUCCGAUGUCUCCUCACUACAGGACAAGGUGUCGUAUGCUAUUGAGAUAGAGGGAAAAGAAUACACAAUUCAUCUAGAAAAGAACAAAGAACUGCUGCCCAAAGAUUUCACAGUUUAUACUUACAAUAAGGAGGGGAAGUUGCAAUAUGAACAUCCAGAUAUCCAGGAUCACUGCCAGUACCAGGGAUACGUGGAGGGGACCCUGGAUUCUGUGGUUGCUGUCAGCACUUGCUCGGGGCUCAGGGGUUUGGUGACAAUAGGGAACAUCACCUAUGGAAUUGAGCCCAUGGAUUCCUCUUCUGACUCUAAACACAUUUUAUAUCGGUUGGAUAAUGUAAAGAAAGAGCCCACGAUGUGUGGAGUAACUGCUGAAGACCAUGAAAGAGAACACACAGAGGAAGAUCACCAUCCCAGUGUGACUCAGCUGCUGCGAAGAAAGAGAGCAGUCCUACAUCAGACAAGAUAUGUGGAGCUGUUCAUAGUUGUAGAUAAAGAAAAGUUUGAAGAUUUCGGGAAGAGUGAAACAGAAGUAAGAGAACACAUGGUGCAACUGGCAAACUUCCUUGACAGUAUGUACAUCAUGUUGAACAUCCGCAUUGUGCUGGUUGGUCUAGAGAUUUGGAAGCACGAGAACAUAAUUAGCACGGACGGAGGUGCUGGCGAUGUGCUGGCGAAUUUCGUACAGUGGCGAGAGAAGAACCUCGUUUUGCGCCGGAGACAUGACAGUGCCCAGUUUGUUCUGAAGAAGGGGUUUGGUGGCACAGCUGGAAUGGCCUAUGUUGGGACAGUGUGCUCCAAGAGCCAUGCAGGAGGCAUUAAUGUGUUUGGAAGAAUCAGCAUCCAGAUGUUUGCAUCAAUUAUGGCUCAUGAGCUGGGACAUAACCUGGGGAUGAACCAUGACGACGAACGUGUCUGUCACUGCGGAGCAAGCAGUUGCAUUAUGAGCUCUGGAGCAUCGGGGUCGAGGAACUUCAGCAGCUGCAGUGCAGAAGACUUUGAGAAGCUGACUCUCAACAAAGGUGGAAGCUGCCUGCUCAACGUUCCCAAGCCUGACGAAACCUAUAGUGUCCCGUACUGCGGGAACAAGCUGGUAGAUGCUGGGGAGGAUUGUGACUGUGGUUCACCAAAGGAAUGUGAAAGUGAUCCUUGCUGUGAACCAGGCACCUGCAGACUCCGACCUGGUGCUGAAUGUGCUUACGGCGACUGCUGUAAAAACUGCCAGCUGCUUCCUGGAGGAACCGAGUGUCGGGCGAGUAGCAACGAGUGUGACCUUCCCGAGUACUGCAACGGCACGUUCCAGUUCUGCCAGCCGGACUUCACCGUUCAGAACGGCCACCCGUGCCACAACGAGGAAGCCUACUGUUACAACGGCGUUUGCCAGUACUACGACGCGCAGUGUCAGGAUAUCUUUGGCCCAAAAGCCAAAGCAGCCCCCAACAUUUGUUUUGAAGAAGUGAAUUCCAAGGGUGACAGGUUUGGCAACUGUGGUUUCCAUGGCCAUGACUACAAGAAAUGUUCCAGCUGGAAUGCCAUGUGUGGGAAGCUGCAAUGUGAAAAUGUGGAAACUAUGCCUGUUUUUGGAAUUAAGCCUGCUAUUAUCUGGACUCCCAUUAGAGGCACCACCACAUGCUGGGGUGUCGAUUUCCAGCUAGGCUCUGAUGUGCCAGACCCAGGAAUGGUGAAUGAAGGCACCAAGUGUGGUACUGGAAAGAUCUGCAGGCACUUCCAGUGCGUGAGUGCCUCCGUCCUGAACUACGACUGUGAUGUGGAGGGGCAGUGCCACGGGCACGGGGUGUGCAACAACAACAGGAACUGUCACUGUGAAGCAGGCUGGGCCCCUCCUUACUGUGACACUAAAGGCUACGGGGGAAGCGUGGACAGUGGCCCCCCGUACAACGACAAAGACACUUCACUGAGAAAUGGGCUGCUGGUAUUUUUUUUCCUGGUCCUCCCGCUGCUUGUAGUUGCUGCUCUGGCAUUUGCAAAGAGAGACAGGCUGAAGCGAUGCUUUAGAAGAUUCAUGUCACGCUGCCAUUCGUCACUGCAGUCACCACCGCCCAGGACAGAAACCGAACCGAGAGACCACCAGCACAGAGGCUUCUCGCACGGCAUGCCUUACGCUCCAAGGAGUGCUCCCAUGGAUAUGGAACCAAACACCUUUCCUGUUCCAUCUUACCCGGUUAACCAGCAUCCUCAGCAGGCCUACCACCAGUCUUACUACCCAUCUCCGCAAUACCAGGCACCGCAGCCACAGAGGCUGCCCACAAGGCCACCGCCUCCGCAGCAGAAAUGUGUACCUCAGGGACCUCCUCCAUCACAGCAAAAACGUUUACCUCAGGGACAGUAUUUUCCUUCUCGACCGGCGCCUUUGCCUCCCAAAUAG